AUGGUCUCUGACAAGAAACUUGUUAUGAAUGGAAGUAUUCUUGCAUUUGUAGCUACACCCAUCAUGCUCCUCAAAGCUGCUGAUUACUAUUGGGAGAUUGAGGUUUACAUACGCCUUGAAAGUGCAAAGUUUGACAUUGGCCACUACUCAUAUUCUUGUGUUUCUGAAUAUAGACAGCAACCAACCAGAAGAAGAAGAAACCUGUUGAAGAAGAAACCUGUUCCAACUUCCAGCCAUAUAUUGAAGGGCGAAAAAGGAAAGACGGGAAAAAGUGGAAAUCAAGUUUUCAUCGUCAUUAAUUCGGAAAAAAAAAAGAGUGCAAAUUCAAUGGAUAUCACUUGCGGAACAUUGAGUAGUUUGGUUGACAAGUUCCGGGAUCUAGUGAUCGAUCUAACCUGGGAGCAGCUUCGUUAUCUGUUUCAGUAUCACAGAAACAUUGAGGAGCUCAAUGAACGACUUGAGGAACUCACCCUUGAAAGAAGCUCCAAACAACAGCAAAUAGAUAAUGCUAAAAAAAAUUUAGAACAAAUUGAAGAGAAAGUUGAGCAUUGGUUGGGCAAAGUAGAUGAGAUUUUAGAGCAAACACAAAUGUUUCAUGAAGAAGAGAGUCAAGCAAAAACAGAGUGUAGCGUAACUUCCUGUCCCAACCUGUGGCUACGUUAUAAACUAAGCAAAAGAGCAAAGGCAAUGGCACAACAAGUUGUUGAAAUCUAUGGAAAGGGAAACUUUGAUAGAUUUUCAUAUCCUAUUCCUCCCGCAUCGAUGCCAGAGGUACUCAUCAGAGAAAGCAAUGAAGGGAUUGGUUCAAGAACGCAAAUUUUGAAUCAAAUUAUGGAGCACUUACAUUAUCCUAGUGUUAGUAUUGUUGGAUUGUCUGGGCUUGGUGGUGUUGGCAAGACCACUAUAGCUAAAGAGGUAGCAAAGAAGGCGAAGAAUCAAACCAUGUUUGAAAAGGUGAUCAUGGCAACUGUUUCUGAAGAAUUGAACAUUGAGAAGAUUCAAGGCGAGAUUGCAGAGAACCUGGCUUUCCAACUCAAUGAAAAAUCUGAAGGAGUAAGAGCUCGUCGUCUGUGUGAGAGGUUGAAGCUAGAGAAGAAUAUGCUCCUAAUAUUGGAUGAUCUUUGGGAGGAACUUGAUUUGGGCAAAGUUGGAAUUCCCUUUGUUGAUGUUGGAAGUUAUAGCAAAAAGAAUGAAGGCUGCAAAAUUUUACUAACUUCAAGGAAUAAGAUGCUGUUGUUAAACCGCAUGAAAUGUCAAGAAAUUAUCGAAGUGGAUGUUUUGUCAGAGGAUGAAGCAUUAGAGUUGUUCAAGAGGACUUCUGAACUUCCUAUUGACUCAAGCACUCCUGACAACUUGAUAUCUAUAGCCUCUCAGAUUGUUCGAAAGUGUCAUGGCUUGACAUUAGCGAUUGCAACAGCUGCCAAGGCAUUAAGGGGAAAAAAUCUAGGUGAGUGGCAAGAAUUCUACAAACGAUUGAAUCAUCCUUUAAGGAGAAACAUCACAGGAAUUAAAGAGGUGGAUGCGAUAUUGAAGUCGAGUUAUGAUUGUCUAAGCUCAGAGAAAAAACGUAUGUUCUUGCUCUCCGCCAUGCUGUCCCAUGAUCCCUCAAUUGAGGACCUGCUCAUGUACUCUAUGGGGUUAGAUAUUCUUGACGGCAUAGAAAAGAUAGAAGAUGCCCACAGUGGAGUCUCUACUACCGUAGGUGAUCUAAAAUCAUUAAACUUAUUUCUUGAUAGCUUUUCUAGUCACCGCUUUACAAUACAUGACGUCUUUCGAGAUGUUGUAUUAUCGAUCACACCCAACGAAUUAAAUGCAUUCAUUGUGAGGCAUAGAAGCUUGACAGAAUGGCCAGACCCAAAAAAGCUCGAAGACUACAAGGGAAUUUGCUUACAGAAGAGUGACAUCAGUGACCUUCCAGAAGAGCUGCACGGUUCAAGAUUAGAAUUCUUUCUGCUAGACAGCACCGAACGUGAUUUGGCCAUACCUAAGAUGUUUUUCAAAUCAUCAAAGGAGCUGAAAGUGUUGGCAUUUACCAAUGUAAAUUUUUCAUCACUACCAUCGCUCAUGUUCCUGCAAAAACUAAAAACAUUGUGUCUCCACUCUUGUUUGCUAGAAGACAUAAUUGAGGUUAGAAGCUUGAAGAAGUUAAAAGUCCUAAGUCUUGCUUACUCUGAAAUUCAACAACUACCUAUUGAAUUGGCAGAGUUAACUUCUUUAGAAAUGUUGAAUUUAGCCCACUGCUCCAAGCUCAAAGUGAUUCCACCAAAACUGCUAUCUAGCUUCAAAAAAUUGGGGGUUUUGCUUAUGGCAAAUAGCUUUCACCAGUGGAAAGUUGAAGGAUCUACCGAAGCUAAUGAAAACGCGAGUCUUGACGAGUUGAAGGGCUUGCCAAUCUGUUCUCUAGAUAUUCAUAUUCCUAAUGUCUCGAUGUUGCCGGAGAAUUUGUUCUUAGAUAUGAAUUUGAUGAGAUACAAAAUACUCAUUGGGAAGCACUGGAAAUGGUGGACGGUCAGCUAUAAAACUUCAAAGGUGUUGAAACUUGAGCUUGAGAGUGAUAUCUAUUUGAAGCCUGGGGUUCGAAAGUUGAUGAAAGGAGCUGAAGAUUUGUGUUUAUAUGGAUCUAAUGGGCUUGAAAAUGUUCUACAUGGUCAUGAUGGAAGAUCAUUUCUGCAUUUAAGGCAUCUUCAGAUUGAAAGUAACGAUGCUAUUGAGUCCAUUGUUUGGAACUCAGCACAUCAUGAAGCAGCAACAAAUAACAUAUCCAAUAAAAUGUCUGAGUCGCUUUUGAACAAGGUGUUGCUUCCUAAAUUAGAGAUAUUGCGAUUAUUUAAUUCAAUCAGUUUGAUUCCAUUGAUAUGGGAGGACCAACUUUCACACAACUCAUUUAGGAACUUGAAAACAUUGUUUGUGAAAAAUUGUCGCUUUGUGAAAUUGGUGCCCCUUCGUGUGCUGAGAUCUUUCAACAACUUGGAAGAACUAAAAGUUAACGACUGUGACACGUUGGAGUUGGUGUUUGAUUUUGAAGACUUGAAUGAUUAUAAAGAGGCGGAGUCAUCAUCAGUGAUUGUGCCAUUGAAAAAGUUAACGCUUUAUAAAUUGCGAAAAUUGAAAAAUGUGUGGAGCAAUCACUAUAAAGGAGACGUCUCCUUCCCAAGUCUAAGGAGCGUGCAUGUUUCCUCUUGUGAAAGCCUCGCUAGUCUGUUUCCUGCAUCUAUAGCCAAAGGCAUGCUUCGUGAUCUUGAAGAGCUUCGAAUAAGCGAUUGUGGUAUAGAGGUGAUUGUUGCAAAAGAUCAAGUUUCAGAAUCUGUUGCUCCUUUGUUAGAGUUUCCCAGGUUGACUCUCCUUGAGCUUUCUUCGCUUAAAAAUUUGAGGAAUUUCUAUCCACAGAGACACACAUUAGAAUGGCCACAUCUUUAUCAAUUAUCUAUUAGAAGUUGUGAUGAAUUGGAGAUAUUUGAAAAGGAAGUCUCAAGUUCAUUAGAAAUACACAAGGAAGGGAGCUCAUUAGACUCAAAAUAUCCUGUACUGUCCCAAUGCAAGGUGUUGCUUCCAAAAAUAGAGAUAUUGCGAUUAUCUAAUUCAAUCGGUUUGAUUCCAUUGAUAUGGGAGGACCAACUUUCACACAACUCAUUUAGGAACUUGAAAACAUUGUUUGUGAAAAAUUGUCGCUUUGUGAAAUUGGUGCCCCUUCGUGUGCUGAGAUCUUUAAACAACUUGGAAGAACUAGAAGUUAGGGACUGUGACACGUUAGAGUUGGUGUUUGAUUUUGAAGACUUGAAUGAUUAUAAAGAGGCGGAGUCAUCAUCAGUGAUUGUGCCACUGAAAAAGUUAACGCUUUAUGCAUUGCGAAAAUUGAAGAAUGUGUGGAGCAAUCACUAUAAAGGAGACGUCUCCUUCCCAAGUCUAAGGAGCGUGCAUGUUUCCUUUUGUGAUAGCCUCACUAGUCUGUUUCCUGCAUCCAUAGCCAAAGGCAUGCUUCGUGAUCUUGAAGAGCUUCGAAUAGAAUAUUGUGGUAUAGACGUGAUUGUUGCAAAAGAUCAAGUUUCAGAAUCCAUUGCUUCUACGUUUGAGUUUCCCAGGUUGACUCUCCUUGAGCUUUUUUGGCUACAAAAUUUGAGGAAUUUCUAUCCACAGAGACACACAUUAGAAUGGCCACAUCUUUAUCGAUUAUCUAUUGAAUUUUGUGAUGAAUUGGAGAUAUUUGAAAAGGAAGUCUCAAGUUCAUUAGAAAUACACGAGGAAUGGAGCUCAUUAGACUCAAAAUAUCCUCUACUGUCUCAAUGCAAGGUCACUCAUAAUUUGGAGGAGUUGACAUUAGAGAGUAAAGGAGCUGAGAUGAUAGGGAGUGGCCAGCUUUCCAUGUACCACUUCCCCAAAGUAAAACUGCUUCAUCUACGUGCUGAUAAAACAACGACUAUUUCAUACAAAUUGUUGUUGAAGAGCUUUCCAAAUUUAGAGGAGAUGACACUGGCGGGUCACAUUAAGAAGGCUUCUGGAGGGGAUGAUGUUCCUCUUCCAAUAAAAUUGACUCUCAAAUCUAUUUCCAAAAUCACAAGCUUGGUACCACUCUUAGUUUCUUCACCAAAUCUCACACAUCUCAAAGUGACAUAUUGUGAUGAGUUGACCACUCUGAUGACGUCAUCAGUUGCUCGAAGCUUGGUCCAUCUCACAAGUCUCUCAAUUAGUGGGUGCGAUGACAUAAAGGAAAUUAUAUGGAAGCAAGAAGGAGAGGAUGAUGACGAUGAGGAAGUCGUUUUCAGCAAGUUGCAGCAUUUGAAAGUUGAACGGUUACCAGAAUUGAAGAGAUUUUGCCGCUACAAUUAUACUUUCAGGUUUCCAUUAUUGGAACAGGUGAUCAUAACAGGAUGUCCGAAAUUCAAAGUAUUCUCUCCAGGACUCAUUGAUACACCAUCUCUUAAAAGCGUUCUACUGUCACAAGAUAUGUAUGGAAAACCUCAUGAAAUUUGGGACACCAAUCUUAAAAAUACAUUCUACCAACAGAGAUUUGUGGCAUCAAGAGAGAUGGUGUUAGAUGAGUAUGAUGUUACCAUGAUAAGGAAUGACCAAUUUCCAGUGGAUUGUCUUGCUCAAGUGGAAACUCUGGGCAUAGACGGAUUUGAUGAUGAAGGGGCAACAUUUCCGCAUACAUUGCUUGAAAGAUUUCCGCGGCUGACUGAGCUUCGUGUGGAGGAUAGUUCUUUCGAGGAGAUAUUCCCAUCACCCAUUGUUCAUCAAAAUCAACUUCUUCAUAAUUUGACAGUGCUGAAGGUGUCCCAAUGUCAUCAGCUCAUCCAUUUAAUGACAAAUUCAGCUGCCAAAACUUUGGUGAGUCUUGAAACAUUGGACAUAUAUUAUUGCGAAAAGAUGGAGAAAAUUGUAAAGAAUGAGAAUAAUGACGAUGUGGAAGGUGGAAUCACGUUCAGUGCGUUGAGAAGAUUAAAACUCAUGCAUCUACCAAGAUUGAAAGUGGAAGGGCAUAAAAUGGAUUUCAGCAUUGAAGACCCAGCAACAAAUAAUCAUAAGGUUUAUGUUUUCAAAAUAGAAGGAAAAUUUGUAAUUAGGGCAAAAUACAAGGAAGGGUAG